GUGGGUAGACAGCCACUUUGGGCUGGACGUUGGGAGAAAGGGUGGGUUGUGUCGAGGUGCUUUUAAGCUGCCCGGAAAGGUGUGGCGGAGUGUGCGGCUCUCCUGCUCUGGCGCCUAACGGUAUUAACCACAACUCUAGGACCCCAAGCCUGAGACAAUGGUGUGCAUUCCUUGUAUUGUCAUUCCGGUUCUGCUCUGGGUCUACAAAAAAUUCCUGGAACCAUAUAUCUACCCUCUGAUUUCACCUUUUGUUAGUCGGAUGUGGCCUAAAAAAGCUAUACCAGAAUCCAAUGAUAAAAACAAAGGCAAAGGUGACUGUAAGGAUGCAGACAUAAAUGGAUUAACAACCAGAGGAACAGCAGAAAUAUCUGAUAAAAAAAAAAAACACUGAAGGGACAUUCCCUGUGAUCUCAUUGUUUUGAAAAUGGACCUGAUGAUAUGCAGCACCCUC